UUUUUUUAUAUCUUUAAAUCGCUUUAUUCCUAUUGGAUGUUCGUGACUCAUCAUUAACUAACUUUUAAAAUUUUGUAUUGGACUAUCCAUAGAGUUGAAGGAAUAUUAAGUGGUGCUUAAUUUAACCUUCUCUAUCUGUACAAAAUGCCAGAAAAAAAAAGACUGGUACCAAUUACUAAAUACGGCAUGUGUUAAGAAAAAAAAUAAGAGGCUUUUGGCAUAAACUUUUUUUUUAAUUUCAUAUGUAAAUAUGACAGAAACAACAGACGCACAAAAGCUUAUCAAUGCUGUAGAAGCAGAGAAAAAUUAUCGAUGCUAUGCUCAUCUUCGAGCUAUUGUAGAUAGAAAAAGAGCUGGUGUUAUCAUAGGCAAAAAAGGUCUUUGUAUUCAGUAUCUAAAGACUCACUAUAAUGUAUCUGUCAACUUAAGUCGAGUGGCUUUGGACCAAGACUUGGGAAGAUUAGUGCAUAUUCAUGGACCACACAAGCAUGUUACAGACGCCUGGAAAUUUCGCCUGAAGCGUGAAGAAAAUAAGGAUGAUGAAGCAACGGUAAGGAUAACAAACAUGCUACACACAAUAUGAAAGUCAAUUGGUAUCCAUUUCAUUCUACCAGACGCGUUUAUUCAAUAUCUGCAAUACCGUGAACAAGACUCAUUUAUGUCUAUUGUGAGAGAAACAAACACAGAAAUCAUUAUCAAGAGUGACUUCUUGCCAAGAUCCACUGAACACCUUGUAUACAUCUCUAUUCCUACGCUAGACCAGAUACAUGAUUUUCAUAAGAUAAUUUAUUUAUUGACCAAGUAUUUAGAAAAACAUACUGGAAUUGCCUUGUCUUUUCCAGGUAAUUCGUUUUAUUUACAAGAAGAGGACGAUUCUCCAAUACUAGAAGAAAUCAUCACGAAUUUAAAACAAAGUGACACUAUCUUACAUAAAUAAUAAUAAUAAUAAUAAUAAAAGAA